GGAUAAUAAGAUCACCCAGGGAAGCAGGAGAGCUUGCUACACACACUCACACAACCACACACACACACACACUCAGGGGGCUGAGGAGGAGCCCUGGGUUGUGAGACACCUCCUCUCCUCUCCUUCCUUCCUUCUUUCUUUCUCUCUCUCAGACACAACAAUCCUUCCUCUCCAGCCUAAACAACCAUCUGGUGUAAUCACCUCUCCAUCCAAGAUCACGUCCCACAACACACACACAUCACACACCACCAUCCUCACCAAACCCUCCUCCUCCUAUUCCUAUGGAGAAGCACGUGCAGAUAGAUAAAUGGAUGGUUUUGUGGUUAAGGCUCUGGUUUAUACCUGAAGAGAUCCAGGUUCAGUUGUCCAGCCUGUGUUAGACUUCCUGGGUGUGCUCUGGAACAAAGGCACUGAGUCUGUACCAUGGAGGACUGCCUUCACACCUCUUCUGAAAAUCUUUCCAAACUGGUCAGUUGGGCUCACAGUCAUGGCACCAUCUGCAGCCUCAUUCCAAAUCUGAAGCACCUUCUCUCAGAGGGCUCCCAUGGCAAUCUGACAGCCAUGUGGGGUUGCAGCGCAGGCCAUGCCUACCAUUGGCCACUAACAGCAACUUGUAGGGCCGGAUCUCAAGAAAGAGUUUGUUUCCAAGACAGCAGGAGCUUCAACUCAGACAGCCCCAGUAUUAUAGGUGUUCCCUCAGACACACAGACUAGCCCAGUGGAACGGUAUUCUGGGAGGCCAGGAAAAGCAAAGCUGGAUUGUAACAGAACCAGAGACUCCUGCGAUUUCUCCUAUUGCAGCGAACCUUCUGAACCGGAUGAAGCCGUCGAGGAAUAUGAAGAUGAAGCAACUCUUUUUGACAUGGUUUGUGAGUCCUCGGUGACAGAUGAAGACAGUGAUUUUGAAACUCACCCUCAAAGAUCUCAAACAAAUUCCCGAAAAAGGCCAGGCCCAGGUCCCUCUUCCUCAUUUCAUCCAAGCUCUCGCUCCCAGGUCAUUGGUGGAAACAACAAUGAAGUGCUGGUCAAAAAAAUCAAGCAAGAACUCCCUGAGGAUUAUUACAUUGUGGCUAAUGCAGAAAUUACUGGUGGCAUUGAUGGGCCAGCAUUAUCUCUGACACAGAUGUCAAAACCCAAAGUUCACCCUGUAGCCCCCUAUCCUGUAGCCUCUAAGCCCACUCCUCAUGCAUCACCAUCACUCAGUGCUGAACCUGAUUUGCAAAGUGUCUCUGCUUCUUCACCAGUCAUGUCAAGGCCAGCUACUCAGAAGCUACCCAAAGUAACUCUGGCUUCUCCCAGCAGAGGGUCCGGGAACACUACCACAGUGAACCCUCAAGUAGCCCUGCAGAUGCCUGCUAGCACUUCCAAUGCUGGCAAACCAAUAAGCAUUCCCUUAUCAGCCUUGCAGCUCCCUGGGCAAGAAGAGCAAGCAGUUUCAGAAGAGUUCCCCCAGCCUGUGCCAAAUCAAGUUCCCAGCGAUGUAGCAUUGUCACCUUCUGUUAGCAUAGAGCCAGAGGUUAGCUCCAGCCAGCAGCAGCCAAGCAUGGCUCCCAUCAUGCCCACUGAGCCAAUGGCACAGACAGUACCAGACCAAGAUGAGAGAGCUGCAGAACUCAGCAGAGAGCAAAAUGAAAAAACGAUACGCAGUACCCAGACAGCACUCCGUAACUUCAGGGAGUUCCUCAUCUCUAAGUAUCCUUCAGAAACCCGGGAGAUCUAUAUAAUUCCUUGUAAAGAGCUGGAUGCUUACUUAGCAUCUUUCUUUGUGGAUGCCCGACAGAAGGAUGGUUCAGAAUAUGAGCCAAAUAGUUUGGCCAACUACCAAUGUGGGUUGGAACGUUAUCUCAAGGAGCACAGAUAUGGAUACAGUAUUACCAGGGACAAGGAAUUCAAGAGGUCUCAAGAAGCACUGAAGCAGAAGCAGAUGGAGCUGAGGUGCAAAGGGAAGGGCAACAAGCCCCACAAGUCGAUGAAACUGACUUUUGCAGAUGAGCUUAUUUUACGCAAAAGAGGUCUGCUGAGUCGAUAUAAUCCUGAAGGGCUGUUAAACCUUGUCUGGCUUAAUAACACCAAGGCAUUUGGCCAUUGCACAGGUUUCCAUGGGUCUACCCUCAAAUGGGGGGACAUACGGCUUCGGAUGACAGAGACUGGAUUGGAAUAUUUGGAAUGGAUGGGUCAAGAUGGCAGUGAUGGGAAUCCCAAAACAAAGAGAGUGGGCACUGACUCAAGGGUUUAUGCCACACAGCAUGCCCCACAGACCUGCCCUGUGCAAGACUACAAGGAAUAUGCACAGAGACGCCCUCCUGCCAUGAGGUAUGAGGAUGCCCCUUUCUACCUGUCCAUUAAGCCAGUGGUGAAUCUAGCCGCACUUCAUUGGUACAAUUGUCAAGCCCUUGGUAAGAACAAGUUGGCCAAGAUGGUCAAGACAAUGUGUGAAAAGGGCAACAUCCCUGGUAGAAAGACCAACUUCAGUGUGUACCAGAGUUGUAGUACACUUUCUGAAGCUCAAAGCAACCAGUUGGUACUGAUCUGCAACAACCUAAGCCAACAGGCUGCUCAGUCAAUGGCAAGCCAUUCCAGCUCUGGCAAUUUCAUAGUAUCCGCAUCUUACGACUCUUCUUCAGACACAUUUCAUCACUGCAUUUUCCCUUGCUUUUCAGCUUAUUCAACCAAGCUCAACAAAUUCCCCAUCUUUAAUUUCAAUGACGAUUUAAAGUAUCUUUGUAUCAGCGCUGUGAGCCCAAAUACGACUAAAGCAACUCUGUAUGCUCUGAAUGUGUGGCGGUACUGGUGCAUGACAAAAGGUCUGAAAGACUACAUGGACAUUACAAAGAUUUCAGCGGUGAAACUGAAUGAACUCCUCGAGGAUUUCUAUGUCACUGUAAAGAAAACAGAUGGCUCAGAUUUCCUGGCGACAUCUCUUCAUGCUAUCCGUCGGGGGCUUGACCGGAUUCUGAAGAACGCUGGCAUCGGGUUUUCCAUCACGAGUGGAAGCUUUAGUUCUUCUACUAAGAAGCUCAAAGAGAAGUUGAGGGUGCUCAGCAAGGCCGGGAUGUCAGGAGCUCGCUCCCGUAACAUUGUUUAUUUCUCUUUUUCUGAUGAAGAAGAGAUGUGGAGGAUCGGGUGCUUGGGCGAUGGAAGUCCCAUGGCCUUACUGUCUACUGUGGUGAAAUAUAACAGCCAGUACCUGAACAUGAGGACCUUGCAGGAGCAUGCUGAUCUAAUGUAUGGUGACAUUGAGCUGCUAAAGGAUGCCCAGAAUAGGCCCUUUUUUGCACGAACAGACAAUGUGAAACGAGAGAAAAGGAUGGGCUUGAGUAGAGUGUACUAUGGGCAGAUAUACCAUGAGCACUCCAAAGGACACAAGUUCUGCCCUUACUGCCUCCUCUACAAAUAUAUGUACAUCCAUCGGCCUCCUUCCCAAAUGGAAGCCAAGUCUCCCUUUUAUCUGACUGCUCGGAAGGAGACGGUUGCUUUGGGCAACAUCUGGUAUGAAGAGCAGCGGAUGGGCCUGCGCUCUCUGAGGGGCGUGGUCCCAAAACUGGCAAAAAAAGUCAGACUUGACCACUGUGAAAACUUCACUUUUGUCUCAUUCACUCAGGCAUCUAGAAAAUUUGGCUCUCUGAAUUCUUACCCAUAAGGGCCAAGGGAGACAUGAUGCUAACUGUAUGAGUACAAUGAAAGCACACAUUUUUUUUAAAAAAAUGGAAAAAGUAGUUCUAUUUCACAUUGUUAAAAUGGAAAAAGUUGUGUGUGUACAUACAUGAGUGUGCGCACAUGAACACCAUGAGUACCAUAGAGAGUGGGAAAGGCGUUUUACCUUUGCCUCAUCACACUCUCCAUGAAAAUUGCCCUCCCCUAAAGCUGGAAGUCUUCAUUGUCACCAAUAGAGCCUUCCCUUCUGAUCAAAUCAUGAAAAAGUUACUGUACUUUAUUAGAAUAUAGCUCCCAGAGUCUCCCAGCUAGAAGUUAUGCUUCAAAAAGUGACUUUUCCAGGCUCUGUUUCCAUUGCAAAUACUAGCUGCAGGAAGGAUCAUCAGGUUCCCAAGAAAAGGAAAGAGUUAAGCUUUCCCUGUCCAGUCUCCAAUACUUAUGCUGCUCAGCUUCCACUACCAGGUUGAUAUUUACAAAGGGUCAGGGGAGGGGGCACACCCAUAUAACCUGCAUUACUGCAAUUGAUGUCAGGUCUGGACCGACCCUGGAUGUAGCUACACUGUAGAAAUAAUACAGUUUAACAUCACAUUAAUUGCCAUGGUUCCAUCCUACAAAAUUCUGCAAUUUGUAGUUUUGUGAGGCACCAGCACUGU